AUGGGAUGUCUGUAAUCAAAGAGAGCGUUAAAAGAAUCAUAAACAAAACUAAAAUAAGACAAUCCUCAAUAAUAUGAUCCAAACAGUACAUCUAUAUAUAAUGUAUAGAGAGAGAGACACAAUAUUAAGUUAUUAUAAAUGGAAUAUUUUUUGAUGCACUCAAUCCAGAUGAGUGA